ACAAUUCAUGAGCAACAAAAGGCAACCUAAACUCAACCAAUUAUAACUUCACAACAAGAGUAUGUAGAAAUUCCUACAACAUAAAUCCAUUCAUAUUCAAACUACAAACCCAUAUCACAACUUUCAUUCCUACCGUUUCCAUUCGGUCGGGCUUUUCUUUACUUAUGGAGAAGAAAAAGAGAUUGGAAGAGGUAGAUGGCCGGUUGCAACAACAUUUGGUUCUUCUUCUUGCUAUUGUUUUAGGGUUUUUGAUCAUGGAUCCUUUUGACAUGAGUCCAGUUGGUGGACAUGAUUUUCGACCUGUGAAAAACGAUAUUGCACCAUAUGACCAAGUGAUGGAGAGUUGGCCAGCAGAUAAUCUUAGCCGACUAGGGCUUGGGAACUUGGAGCAUGUGGAUAAAGUGUUUGGACCCGAGUCCUUGGAAUUUGAUCCAUUGGGAAAUGGACCCUAUACUGGUAUGGCUGAUGGUCGGAUUGUGAAGUGGGCUGGCGAAGGUCGAGGAUGGGUAACAUUUGCUCUUGUUUCGCGAGACUGGUCAGAAAAGUUAUGCAUGACCGGAAAAGACUCAACGACAUACAAGCAAUGGAAAAUGGAGGCAUUAUGUGGACGACCACUAGGAUUGAGGUUUGAUAAAAGUAGCGGAAAUUUAUACAUUGCUGAUGCGUACUAUGGGCUUAUGGUGGUUGGUCCUGACGGUGGCCUAGCAACACCGCUAUCCACCCAUAUGGGUGGAGAGCCGAUACUCUUUGCAAAUGACCUUGAUAUACAUAGUAAUGGAUCUAUCUUCUUCACAGACACCAGCCAGAAGUACAAUAGAGUGAACCAUUUCUUUAUAAUGUUGGAAGGGGAGGCAAGUGGAAGACUACUUAGAUAUGACCCUCCAACAAAGUCAACUCAUAUUGUAUUAGAUGGCUUGGCUUUCCCGAAUGGGGUUCAAUUGUCUAAGGACGAAUCGUUUCUUUUGUUCACUGAGACUACAAACUGCAGGCUUAUGAAACUAUGGUUAAAAGGUGAAAAGAAAGGCAAAGUCGAACUUGUGGCAAACUUACCUGGUUUCCCCGACAAUAUAAGAAUAAACGAACAAGGCCAGUUUUGGGUAGCUAUUGAUUGUUGCAGGACAAAAGCUCAAGAAAUCUUGACAAAUAACCCGUGGAUGAGGAGUGUAUACUUUCGUUUGCCUUUUCAAAUGCGUUAUUUGGCUCGAAUAAUGGGAAUGAAAAUGUACUCAGUGAUAUCUCUUUUUGAUGAACAAGGGAAGAUCUUAGAUGUUCUUGAAGACAAGGAAGGUGUAGUGAUGAAACUGGUUAGUGAAGUUAGGGAAGCUAAUGGGAUGUUGUGGAUUGGUACCGUUGCUCAUAAUCAUAUUGCAACUCUACCUUACCCUUGAUGAGGGUUCAUAUAACUUGUUGAUUGUAAUAAGCCAUUCAGAUGUGUUUGUUGAUUUGUUUCUGUCUUUUUUUCUAAAUAUUAUGCAUUUAUAAGUUGAAUAACUUAGAGAUUGCAAUUGAAUGCAGAAACUGGGAAAACAAGAAAAAAAAAGUUUGAAUGGAAAUAAGAAAAUACCGAAGAACCAUCGAUGAUAAUAUUGCCAAUCUAUGAACACCAAAAAGAAAAAAAGGGUGUUCAAGCCGACAAGUUUGAGGUUAUUUUGCUAUUUAGUUAUAUUUGAUUUAUUCUAAUGUAGAUGUACAUAUGAUCAUAUUGGGAUCCAACAAAAACAAAUUAAAAUGACAAAUGAC